AUGCCACCAAGGAUACGAAGAAGGCUAACGACCUCAAAAAGAAAUGAGAUUGAAAAAGAACAAGAAAUUCAAGAACAAAGUCAACAAAUAGUUCGUCCUUUUGAAACAAUUCAUUCAUUUCCUGUUUCAUUUUCAUCAAUAUCACAAAAAUCAUCACUAAAUCAACCAUUAACGAUUAAAGAUACUGGAGUACUUUACUUGUCAUUAAUGAAAUCAAGGUCAAAUUAUUUAAAAAUAUGUCCCAUGUUUCAAUUAUAUUGGGUAAAACAAUCAAGUUAUAUCAAAAAAUUAAUUGAUCAAGAUAAGCCAAUACCUGAACAUUUAAUGAGAGAUGAUAUAUAUGCCAAUAGACCAAGUAUAUUGAGUAAUGACGUAAGUGCAAGAGAUGUAAUGAUUAAAUUAAUAGAUUGUGGACUAUCUAUUGGAGUACAUUUUUUCGAAAUUAGAAUAUUUAUUGCAAAAGAUGAAAGAAGUGAUACAAAGGAUGACAAGAUUCGAAUAAAACAAGAAAAGAUAGAGAAAAAACUUCAAAAAGAAAAAGAGAAACUUGAAAGAAAAGCUCAAAGAGAAUUAGAAAUGAAGGAAAGGGAAGAACGGAAAAAGCAAAAAGAAUUAGAAAAACAAGAAUUGUUAAAAGUUGAAAGGGCCAAACUUGAUGAAAAAAUUAAACUAGAAAGUCAACCACCACCAAUAACGAAUAUCAAUGGAACAAAAAACACAAUCAAAAAAGAAGCACCACCAAAAAAGAAAGAGACAGAAACUAAAUCGAGUAUUCCAAAACCUGAACAAAAACCUAAAAAAGUUUCUCAACCAACUCCUAAAACUCAAAAUACAACACCAUCGCCAAGUCCCACAGAUAUGCAAAGUCCAGAAAAUCAAAAAAUGAUUGCAAAUUUAAAUUUCAUUGGUAUAAAAAAUAUAGAAUUUAAUACUUUAAUGACAUUAGUUGCACAUGGACAAGGCAAUUCUCAUCAAAUCAUGAUUUUCCAAAAAUAUAUUAAAAAGGCAAAAGAAAUGAAACCUCCACCUCAUAGUGACAAAGUUGUAAAAAAAAUCGUUGACUCAAUUAAUAAGGAAGUUGAAUUAGAAACUAGAAAUGAGGUUAAUGCAGUUAAAAGACAAUUGGAACGUGGAGAAUUUGGAGAAGGUCCAUCACAAGUAAAUGGCAAAAUAAACGAGGAGGAACAAGAAACAACAAUUAAAAAUGGAGCUAGUACCAACAUUAAAGCAGAGAGUACAAAGUUAGCUCAAACCACCACUAGUGCGCAAGUUAAAGAUGAUGAAGUUAAACAGGACGGAAAUAAAGUAGAUCAAUCAAUAUCAAACCAAUCAGACUCAAAACAUCUAGAGCAGAAACAACAAGUAGAAAAACCACCAAUUCAAAAUAAAGAACAAGUCAAAGAAGAAUUGACAUUAUCAAAACAAGAAAAACCUGAGAAAAUUCAAGAUCAAGAAAAACAAAUACAACAACAACAAAAUUCACAAUCUCCAAACCAACAAGAACAAAAUCUACAGGACCGAACCAAGAGCUAUCAAGAUCAAAUCAAAGAUAAUGAACCCAAUGGUAUCACCAGUCAAUAUCAAACACAAGACCAACUUCAAGAACAAGCCAAACUUCAAAUGCAGAAAGACCUUAAUAUAAACCUAGACCCCAUAAAUUAUCAAAACCCUUUAAAAAGUCUGUCAACCGAACCAAAACCUUACAAAACCAAAAAACAAAGACUUCAAGAAAUUCCAAAAGAUCAAAAAUUAACUGCAUUUCAAGAAAAAUAUUUAACAAAUGCAACAAUAUUAUUUGAGUUCUUGGAAAAUACCAACGUAAGAUUUCAAUUUCCUAAAUAUGCAAUAUGUGAAAUUUUAGAUCCAACUACUUUACUUAAUGCUGAAAAUGGUGAUAUUUCUGAUAAUAAAGAUAUAUUGGUAAGUUUUCUUUGGGUACACAAUCAAAGUGAAAUCGAUGCUUAUGAAGUUGCAUUAAAAGAGUAUAAUGAUAAAUUGAAGGAGCAAGAAGAGGAAAAAAACAGGAAGAUAAAGGAAGAAGAAGCUGAAGAGCAAAAAAAGAAUCAAUCCGAAAAUGCUGAAGUUAAAGUAGAAACCAAACCUGAAGAUGAAAUUAGUCAGAAAGAAAGCGGAAUUAAUGGAAGUACCUCGCAAGAGUUAGAAACCCAGGAAUCGAAAGAACAAACACCAACAGAAUCAGGUAUGGAUAUAGAUGUUAAAGAAGAAGAAAUUGAAGUCAAGGAAGAAGAUUCUGAAAUGAAGGAAGAAACUGAGGUCAAAGAAGAACCAGCUUCCACUAUACCAGCAAAAAGAAGAGCUCCACCACCAAGAAGAGGCAAAAAGAAAAGAAGAGGACCAGUACCUAGAAAACCAACAGCUCCAAAGAUUCUACAACCACCUGAAGAACCAACAUAUAUUUAUUCAAGCAUGUCAUUUACAAUUCAUGGAAUACCAAACAAAUUUGUACCAAUUAUUGUCAACUCAUUUGAAUCAAUUGAAAAAGUUCAAGCUAAAAUGGAACAUAUUUUGAAAACAGGCACUAGAUUAACACCCUAUCAAUUAUGGUAUCAAGUUGAUGGUAGAUUAGAUGAAGAAUUAGCAGAAAAUAUAAGACAAGAAUUAAAUCAAGAAGAAAAAAAAUCUACUGGUAUACCUACUGUUAAAGAGAAACCUAAAAAGUAUCCUAAGAAAAAAGUGGAAAAAGUAGAAAAAUUAGUUACAGAAACGGUUGUUCCAGAAAUGGUAGUACCAGAUCAAGCAGUAUCAGAAAAGGUAAAAUCAGAGGAGAAGGUUGCACCAGUCAGUGAAAUUUCUCCAGAGAAGGUUAUUACGGAGCAAGUUGGUACGUAA